GGGAUGGCCAGGCUGCCUUGCACUUCCUAGGCCUGAGGCUGAGACCCUGAGCAGGGUCCAUUCCUGAGUCACAUGGCAGGAGGAUGCCAUACAUGGUUCUAGGGGUGCAGGAGCCCCAAGAAAGGCAGAUAGUUGAGGAUGCCUGUCCACAUGUGAGGAGCUAGAUACCAGGGCAGGGAGUGUAUGAGAAGUUCCCCUGUGGGCAUCCUGACAUUUCCGGGGCGGGGCAGAGACAUGGCACCACAAGGAGGUGGAAGUCGAGCUGGCCUCACAAGACAGACGGGUCCCCUGUGGCCAGCCCUCCCCUGCACAUAAGGACAGGCAAAGCAGAUCCAGUUGCAGGUGCUUUGUGGACGAAAGAGGAGCCCAGUCCUGCUGCAGCAACCACCUGUCUGUUGCAGGGCCAGUGACGCACGCCCGGGGUGGGGAGUCCCAGGUCCUCAGCCUGCUUCUCUGGCCACCUUCUGACUGGGCACAGCCACUCAGUGGAGCUGAAGCAGCUUCCCUACACGCCUCCCCUAGGAUGCUGCGGCCUGAGAGCCCCCGAGCUUUGGAGGAGGGGGCAGGCCCUGGGGCCCUGCGGGACGACUGCGUCAUCUGCUACUCGGCCUAUGACCUCUCUGGGCACCUGCCCCGCCGCCUCUACUGUGGCCACACCUUCUGCCAGGCAUGUGUGCGGCAACUGGACACCCUGGCCCACGAACAGCACUGGAUCCCCUGUCCACAGUGCCGCCAGAGCACACCCACACCCCGCGGAGGGGUGGCCAUGCUGGACCUGGACCUGGCUGCCUUCCUGGCGGUCAGGGCUGAGCGGGAACCCUUGAGGAUGCAGCCCCGCCCGCCCACCCCCUUCAAAGGCAGCGCCGCCGUCACGCGGCAGCCGGGGGCGCUGUGCCCUUCCUUGGGCCCCCAGCCUCACUUGCCCCGGCCCAGACACUGCUGCUGGGGCUGUGGCAGCCUGUGUUGGAGUCCCCAGGGCAGCCCCGAGGUCUGAGCUCUGCCCACUCCCACU